AUGAGUAAUAUGGAUAAAUAUUUGAACAGUGCAUAUUUUGAUCCCAAGCGCCCUGGUAGUUUUGGAGGUGUCGAAUCUUUGUAUCGUGACGUGAAAGAUGAGGGGAAAAUCAAACUAAGUCGAAAGGAAAUUCGAAAAUGGUUAAUGAACCAUGAUAUCUAUACUUUGCAUAAACCAGCUCAUCGAAACUUUAAGAGGAAUCGUGUUAUUGUAGGAGGUAUAGACGAAGAAUGGCAAACAGUGGAUUUAGCAGAUAUACAGUAUUUUCUAUGUAUGCGUGGAAGAA